AAAACACUCGAUGUAUCGAUCUGGUGGGAAGCGAAGCUCUCCACUCCACUGCAGUGCAAGAUGCAAUCAAUGCGAUGACCACAGUCUCGGCAUGACGGUCUCUCUCUCUGUCUGAGAGUCUCAGAGCCUCGCUCUGGCGCGUGUCACCUCACACUCGAUCAGGCCUGAUCGAUAAGGUGGCAGGGAUCCUUGAUUGCCCUCCCUCCCUGUCUGUGUGCGUGUUUGGUUCACCUGAGGGGUCGUCGGUAGGGUAGAGUAUUUCCUGCUGGUUGGUGAGUCCGAAUCGGCCGAUGUCGAAGGGGAAGUGGUGGAUGUUGGGCAGCACCAACUUGACCGACUGAACCGAUGGACACACUGACAUACACGCGCACACAUACAGCGGCAGAAACCAGCCCUGUGUGGACAGUCCGCGAGGUGGCUUUCUCUGUCGUGCCGCACCCUCCAUUGCGCGCAGGCCCAUCUUGUACAUGGUCUCCUGCACCUGCACACACAAACACACACACCACACAGACGCCGCAGCAAUGUGACCAAGCGUCUGCGCACGUGCCCGUUUCUUUCCUCACCGAGGGGCUGUAUUCGCCACCCUCGGGCGGACCUGGCCGGACAAGACAAAAGAAAGACAGACACGUCAGAUGAGGUGGCAGCGAAUGCAUGGAAGAAAGGCGGUGUUCUCUCGGUGUCUUGCCGUACCAGCAAAGACCUCCAUCAUGCUGUCACGGAUCUCUGUCAAGCACAGACAGACAGACAGACAGACAUUCAGACGGCUGGUGAUUGGGUGCUCAUGCGGCCCCCAGUAAGGGUCCUUACUGUCGUGCAGCAGGUGGAACUGCCCCUCGGGGAGGGGCGCACCGUACGUCCACUUAGCGUCGACCUUGGUGCAGAAAAUCCGAUCCCUUCACAAACAAACAAACAACCAACACGUGUCCUACAUGCUGGAUGCCUCUAUAUUGUGGGAGGUGGGCGGCUACUUGGCGGGUGGCAGUGUGGUGUAUUCGUCGACGAUGUAGCCCUCGAAUCCCGACUGUGUGGUCUUCAUGAGCUUCAAAUCCUCAAUGCCUGACGUCACGGAGUAGGGGCCCGACCGACUGCCCACACACGUCGCCACCCUCUUCUCAGGCCCGGUGGCGCUGAACACGUGCUCGUGCGGCUUGCCAGACACAGCUGCGAGCGAGAGCGGUGGGUGCACACCCACACACAGAUGUGUGAGCUGUUCACAUCGAUGUGGCGUGAGCUUACUCAGUCUGUUCCAAAGCUUCUCUGUGAGUGUGACGGUCACACGGUCGAUGUGGGAGUGGCGGCUCAGGAAGUGACGCAUCAACGCCAAACCUGACACACACAUACAGACAGAUGAUAUGAGGUCGGUGUGGCUGCAUGACAUGAUCCGUGUGGCUGUGUUAUCUAUCUGGGCCACCGACCGAAGUCUUCGAUGGAGUCGAAGUUGCUCUUCUUGGCGAUGACGUAUGUGGUGUUCUUGACCGUGUCGGUUGGCACAAUGCGGCCGUUGUCACCAUGCGUGUACGCCUCCAAGAACGAACCUACAACAGGCGGCAAGAGAGGAACGACACUCCACAGACACGUCCAGGCCCUUCCCUUGUCAGCGCGGGCGUGUGCGCAUCUACCCACCCUCGAGCAGGGUCUCGACUUCCACCUCCAUCAGUUCGUGCCACGGCCCUGCCCCAGCCGACUUGGGUGGCGUCUUGCGCACGCGCACCACGCGCACCUUGGUCUUGCCGUAACGACCAUUGACCCUGCAGUACACCAACCGACACACCAGACCACACCACUGCAGAUGCACUGGGGCAGUGACACUGAUCUGGCUCACUCAGCCAUGAUGUAGCAGCAGCGGAAAUGGAAGAUCUCACUCACGCCAAGCCUCUACAGGCUCUCGGCCACCGUGCGAGCACCAGACUAAGGCCGCAGCAAUAUCCC